CUUUUAGAGAGAAAGAGCACAGUUCAAAGAAACUUGAACUUAUAAUACUCUUGAAUACUUUAAAACUUAUUGGCGUUCGGUUGCAUUUGGACUAUUGCUCCUAUUAACAUAGUCUAAACCUCUCCUAAGAAGCUUUUUUUUAGAAGUGAUCUGUUAAACUUUCGUGUUUAGAUCUAGCAAAGAGCGAUGGCCAAUAGGAUAAUCCAAAGCUACUUUUUGUGAUCGAAGCCACGUGUUUUAAGCCCACCACUCCAGUGUUCUAUAAUGGCUAUUCUGCUUGGUUUGCUGGUGGGCGCUCUUACCCUCGCUGUUUGGUGGGUGCUCCAAAACUACACCUACUGGAAGCGCCGAGGUAUUCCCCAUGAUCCGCCCAACAUUCCACUGGGCAACAUCGGCGAAUUAUGGCGGACGAUGCCGUUGGCCCACAUUCUCAAGCGAACCUAUUUGAAAUUCAAGAACAAGACGGACGGACCUUUCGUCGGCUUCUACGCUUAUGCAAUGAAGUAUAUUGUGAUCACCGACAUUGAUUUUGUGAAAACCGUACUGGUUACGGACUUUAACAAGUUCCACGAUCGCGGAGUCUAUCACAACGAAAGGGAUGAUCCGCUGACCAACAAUCUAACCACUAUCGAGGGUCAAAAGUGGAGAAAUCUGCGCCACAAGCUAACUCCGGCCUUUACGCCUGUUAAAAUGAAGAACAUGUUCCCAGCCGUUUUGGGCGUGGCCCAUGAACUAAUCCAGGUGAUCGAUGAGCAGAUCUCGAGCUCUCCGCAGACCAUAGAAGUCGCCGAUAUGAUGGCUCGCUUCACUGCCGACGUAAUUGGCAUCUGUGCCUUUGGCCUGGAGUGCAAUAGUUUGCGGGAUCCCAAGGCGGAAUUUGUGAAAAUGGGUGAGACGGCGUUGAGGGAACGUCGACAUGGCUGUCUGGUGGACCUCCUCGUCUUCGGAGCACCCAACUUGGCCGUCAAGUUGGGCAUCGAGAUGCUGCUGCCGUCGGUACAGUCAUUCUACAUGAAUAUUGUAAGGGACACCAUAGAUUAUAGGGUGAAGAACAAUGUAACUCGGAACGACUUUAUGGACUUGCUGAUCGAUAUGAAAUUGAAAUACGAUAGUGGCGAUAAGCAAGAUGGCCUCACCUUCAAUGAGGUUGCUGCCCAAGUAUAUUCAUUUUUCCUGGCUGGCUUCGAAACGAGCUCCACAACCAUGGGAUUUGCCCUCUAUGAACUGGCCAGCAAUCAGGAUGUCCAGGAUAAACUGAGGCUGGAAGUGGACAAUGUGCUGGCGAGGCAUGAUGGGCAACUAAACUACGACAGCAUGCGAGAGCUGACGUAUCUGGAAAAGGUCACCGAUGAAACCCUGCGAAAAUAUCCUGUUGUGGGUCAUUUGGUGCGGAUUGCAACUAAACCCUAUGUGCACAGCAGUCCAAAAUAUUUCAUUGAGCCCGGCACGGGAGUUCUGGUGUCCACUUUGGGCAUCCACCAUGAUCCUGAGUUCUACCCGGAGCCCGAAAAGUUCAUCCCCGAGCGCUUCGAUGUGGAGCAGGUGAGGAAGCGACCCCCAUGCUCUUUCCUGCCAUUUGGGGAUGGUCCACGGAAUUGUAUAGGUCUUCGAUUCGGACGGAUGCAGGUCGUCGUCGGAUUGGCCCUGCUAGUCCACCAUUUUAAGUUUGAAUUGCACCCCACGAAGACGUCAGUGCCAGUGAAGUACAAAAUCAAGAAUCUUCUGUUGAGCUCCGAAGGCGGCAUCAACCUUAAUGUCAGCAAGAUAGUGUAAAAAAGAUUUUAAAAUGUUACUUUUUUUUUAAGAACGUUGUUUGAGAAAAUGUGUUUAAACUGAACAAAUUUGUUGUAAAAGGUUUUUGUAAUAUUUCUAUGAAUUUUGUUCUAUAAACUUUGUUAGAAUAUGGUUUUUUAUUAAAAUAUUGUAUAUAUUGUACUCCAUUUUAUUAAAGGUUAUUAAAGGUUUCGAGAGGUUCUGGAAUGUAAUAAA